UUCGUUCAUAUUAUAAUCAAAAUUAUAUUUUCGAAAUUAAAAAAUUAAAAUAGUGUAGAUAAUAAUCGAAUGAUUAGAAUCGAUUAUGUAUUUGUUAAUAAUCGUAUUCGCAGUAAUGGAAUCUGUCAUUUCAAUUGUAGACAUUGCGUGUGCUUGUUCUCUUUGAGCUAAGGCCGAUUGGCGACUUGCACAAAUUAUAACAUUUAAUUAAAAAAUACCAUGGCUUCGACUACCGAAAUCGCUUGUGUAUAUUCAGCACUUAUUUUAGCUGACGACGACAUCGCCAUAACUGGUGAGAAAAUACAGACGAUACUUAAAGCCGCCAACGUUGACGUGGAGCCUUACUGGCCGGGGCUUUUCGCUAAAGCCUUGGAAGGCGUUAACGUGAAAGAAUUGAUCACUAAUAUCGGUUCGGGGGUUGGAGGUGGUGGUGCGGCAGGUCCAGCAGCAGCCGCAGCUCCUGACGCUGUGGCCGCAGCUGCUCCCGCUAAAGAGGAGAAGAAAAAGGAAUCAGAACCCGAGGAAUCUGAUGAUGACAUGGGUCUUGGACUUUUCGAUUAAUAAAAACGUUUUAUAAAUUUU